AGCUUGGAGGCGAUACUUCCUGCCCGGUUUACCGGUAGUUCAAUUGCUGUUAGGGUUACGGCUGUAGCUGGAUGCGUAGCGGGUGUCCGAUCAUGGAGCGCCCGGGGCCCAGCGACGUGACAGGUUCAGACACAUCGGGGCCGGACCCGCAGCUGGCGGUCACCAUGGGUUUCACGGGGUUCGGGAAAAAAGCUCGCACAUUUGACUUGGAAGCAAUGUUUGAACAAACUCGAAGAACGGCGGUGGAGAGAAGUCGGAAAACACUGGAAGCAAGAGAAAAAGAGGAAGAAAUGAACAGAGAGAAAGAAUUAAGAAGGCAAACUGAAGAUAUUGAACCAACACCUUCAGGCUCAAAUGUGGCCAGAGAUUGCUCUAAACCAUCGUCCAGAGGUACAAGCAGCAGUGAAAGUGAAGAGAGUUCUGAUUCUUCUGACGAUGAGUUAAUUGGCCCCCCUUUACCACUUAAAAUGGUGGAAGAGCCAGUUAAUCAUUUGGAAGAAGAUAUCCUUGGUCCCUUGCCUGCUCCUCUGGGUGAAGAAGCAGAAGAUGAUGAUGAUGAUGAUGGUGACUCAGAAGAAGAGGAAAAUCCUGUCCAAAAGAUCCCUGACUCCCAUGAGAUAACUCUAAAGCAUGGCACUAAAACAGUUUCUGCUUUGGGUCUGGAUCCCUCAGGUGCCCGUUUGGUGACUGGAGGAUAUGACUAUGAUGUUAAGUUUUGGGAUUUUGCUGGAAUGGAUGCUUCUUUUAAGGCAUUUCGAUCCCUGCAGCCCUGUGAAUGCCAUCAGAUCAAGUCGUUACAGUACAGUAACACAGGAGACAUGAUUCUUGUUGUAUCUGGCAGCUCUCAGGCCAAAGUGAUUGACAGAGAUGGUUUCGAAGUAAUGGAAUGUAUAAAAGGAGACCAGUAUAUCGUGGAUAUGGCUAACACCAAGGGUCACACAGCAAUGCUUCAUACUGGCUCAUGGCAUCCCAAAAUAAAGGGAGAAUUUGUUACUUGCUCAAACGAUGCAACCGUGAGGACGUGGGAAGUUGAAAAUCCGAAGAAGCAAAAAAGUGUGUUUAAACCACGGACAAUGCAGGGUAAAAAAGUAGUUCCUACCACAUGCACAUAUAGUAGAGAUGGAAACCUCAUAGCAGCUGCCUGCCAGAAUGGAAGCAUACAGAUCUGGGACCGAAAUUUGACUGUUCAUCCUAAAUUCCACUAUAAACAAGCUCAUGACCCGGGCACAGACACUUCUUGCGUGACUUUUUCCUAUGAUGGGACUGUACUUGCCUCUCGUGGAGGUGAUGAUACAUUAAAAUUAUGGGACAUCCGUCAGUUUAAUAAACCACUUUUUUCAGCCUCGGGCCUUCCUACCAUGUUCCCCAUGACUGACUGCUGUUUCAGUCCAGAUGAUAAACUCAUAGUCACCGGUACAUCUGUUCAAAGGGGAUGUGGCAGCGGCAAGCUUGUUUUCUUUGAGCGCAGGACUUUCCAAAGGGUGUAUGAAAUAGACAUCACAGAUGCGAGUGUUGUCCGCUGCCUGUGGCAUCCAAAGCUGAACCAGAUCAUGGUGGGGACUGGAAAUGGAUUGGCUAAAGUCUAUUAUGACCCCAACAAGAGUCAGAGGGGAGCAAAAUUAUGCGUGGUUAAAACCCAGCGGAAGGCGAAACAAGCAGAGACUCUAACCCAGGACUACAUCAUCACCCCGCAUGCCUUGCCUAUGUUCCGCGAGCCCCGCCAACGGAGUACAAGGAAACAGCUGGAGAAGGACAGACUGGAUCCCCUGAAGUCUCACAAACCCGAACCUCCCGUAGCAGGCCCAGGUCGUGGUGGCCGGGUUGGCACCCAUGGGGGCACUCUGUCAUCAUACAUUGUCAAGAACAUUGCCUUGGAUAAGACCGACGACAGCAAUCCACGGGAAGCCAUUUUGCGGCACGCCAAGGCCGCCGAGGACAACCCAUAUUGGGUUUCUCCAGCAUAUUCCAAGACUCAGCCCAAAACCAUGUUUGCCCAAGUUGAAUCUGAUGAUGAGGAAACAAAAAAUGAGCCAGAAUGGAAAAAACGUAAAAUUUGAAGACUCUCACAUGAGAGCUGUUUGCAUGAGUGGAAGGGAUACUGAACAUUUUUUUAAUGAAAUAAAAACACAUUUUUAUGA